UGCACCCCCUUUCACCUCAAUCUCAACACACCCAUCCUUCAUCACUUAUACUAAAAAACAAAUCCAAACUAAACUCAAUAUAAACCAACAUUCCAUACUGCAACCAUUCCCAUUCAUCAACAUCACUCCACAACUUUCCCAAAACAUGAACCCCCCAAACCUCGCCAUCCCUGCUUUCAUCUUCUUUCUUCUCUGCACAAUCGCCUCUGCCCAGUCCCCUGCCCCAGCCCCGGCGCCGCCAGGCCCGACAAAUGUGACGGCUGUCCUUGAGAAGGCCGGUCGAUUCACCACAUUCAUCCGCCUGUUGCAGAACACCAAAGUGGCCGAUCAGAUCAACACACAGCUCAACAAUUCUAACCAGGGGAUGACAAUAUUCGCCCCCACGGACAGCGCAUUCUCCAGCCUCAAACCCGGCAUGCUCAACUCCUUCACCGACGAGCAGAAAGUCGAGCUAAUGCAGUUCCAUGUACUCCCUUCCUUCUUCUCCACUUCACAGUUCCAAACCGCCAGCAAUCCCCUCCGCACGCAGGCAGGCGGCAGCCAGGGAUCCUUCCCGAUGAACGUAACGGCGACCGGGAACAACCUCAACAUCACAACUGGUGUCACCAAUGCAACAGUGGGCAAUACAGUCUACACAGAUAAUCAACUAGCAGUGUACGAGGUGGAUCGCGUGCUACUUCCCCUCAGCUUCUUCCAAUCUCCGGCGCCGGCGCCGGCACCUUCCAAGCCCAAGAAGGCUGCUGAAUCAGCACUUUCGCCGUCAGAUUCCGAUAGCAGCACUCCCGAUGAUUCCUCAACUGCAAAUUACCUGUCCAAACACGGGGUGGGCGCUAUGGCAUGCGCUGGACUAGUCUUUGCGACAUUUCGUCGAACACUUUGAGAGCAAUUGACGAUGCAUGGCUGCAUAUACGCUUAGAUAUUUUUUGUACUUUAUAAUUCGCAUUCUUUUUCGAUAUUGCGUGACAUCAUACAUACAUAUUCAUAUAUAAGAUUUGGUUUAGAAAAUUCAGUGUAUGAGCAAUAUAUACAAUGUACUGGAUAACAUUUAUGUCGUACGUGAAAAUUGAAAUAAGUAGUAGUAGUAUUUUCUAGUUAAUUUAUCAAAUAAAAAAACAUUUUAUAAA